AAUAAGUGAGCGCUGUAGAGUUUCCUGCAUGUAAAUGGCUGGUAUUAUGGCGUCGUCCACUGCAAGGGCAUUUCAAACAGUAAAGCCACAUAUUCCACUCAUAAAGUUUCGUGCUGGAAAACAGACAACAGCUAACCCUGCAAUACUGACCCCAGUUUCCCAAACAAAAGAAACAGAAAGAUCACCAUCCACCUCUAACAAGACAAAUGUUGCCAGUCCAGGAACAACUCUAGAACACCAACAAUUACCUAAGAGAUAUGCCAGAUUACCCCUAUCACUAGAAGAAAUGGAAUACAUACAGAGAGGUGGUCCAGAUUGACUUAGAAGAAUAAUAGCAUUAGAUGUUUUAAAUAAUUAUGUUUUCUUGUAUAUUUAUAACCAAUGUUGACAGUAAAACCAUCAAGAAGGAUGACUAUGUUCAAAA